UGGGAACUUGGAUGGAGGCGUCCCAAGGAGAAGAUUCUAGGCUGGCCCUGUGGUCUUCUCAAGCCACCACUUAUACUAUAUAUAACUAAGCAUUGGUUUCUACUACGUAAGGAGACUUGCGACGGGAAUUGUUUAUAAAAUCUCAAGCUCUCAUCGACGCUGUUGUCCCUCCCACGUUCCUCAUGAAGUCCAUUUCCACCAUCCUCAUACCCAUAAUUGUUGGACUUUGCUCUGUAUUCCUAUUUCGCGACCGGAUUGACGACUUGACCACGACUCUGAAGAAGUAUUACAACGACAACUACAUCACGACGACCCCCGAGACACACGAGCAAGCGAACGCAUUGCCAAGAACCACCACCCCCGCGACAGAGCAGCAACCAGAAGAACAGCAGCAUCAUCUAUACGCCACCGACAUGUCGGUCCCACGAACGAUCAGAAAGGUCUUCAUGGCCAUUGAGCAGGCAGAAGGGGCUGGCGCAAGGGUGCGCAGGUCAAUAGGCACGCCGGCGCUGAGGCAAUUCAGCCCGUUCCUGAUGCUGGACCACUUUUCCAUCAAGCCCGGCGCAGGGUUUCCUGACCACCCCCACCGUGGCCAGGAGACGAUAACGUACCUCCUCACGGGCGCCGUCGACCACGAGGACUUUGCGGGCAACAAGGGCACGAUCGAGGCGGGUGACCUGCAGUUCAUGACGGCUGGCCGAGGAAUCAUGCAUGCCGAGAUGCCGCGCCAGAAUCCGGACGGGUCGGCCAACGUCGGCCUCCAGCUCUGGGUCGACCUGCCGACGCACCUCAAGUCGUGCGAGCCGCGGUACCGCGACCUGCGGGCCGCCGAGAUCCCGCGCGCAGAGGUCGACGACGGCAAGGUCGCCGUCAAGAUCAUCUCGGGCCAGAGCCACGGCGUCGACUCGGUCAAGGAUCUCGCCUACACCCCCGUCUGGAUCCUCGACAUCACCAUCCAGCCGGGAGGCAAGAUCUCGCAGCCGCUCCCCGAGGGCUGGAACGCCUUUGCGUACACGCUCGACGGCGGCGACGUCAUACUCUGCGACGGAGCCGGUACCGGCGCCAGGACGGUGCCGCAGUACCACAUGGUCGUGUUCGAGCCCAAGGGUGAUGUCGUGGUGGCCGAGGUCGAUGCGGGCGCGGACCAGCCGGCGCGCUUCGUGCUCGUGGCCGGCACGCCGCUGGAUCAGCCCGUCGUGCAGCAUGGACCGUUUGUUGUCAACAGCAAGGAGGAGAUCUACAAGGCCAUCUUUGACUUCCAGACGCACUCGAACGGGUUCGAAAGGGCCAAGGGGUGGGAGAGUGAGAUUGGAAAGUCGAUGAGGGAUUAAAAACGAUGGUCUGGGGAAUUGUUGGGAUGAUGCGGAAAGAUUAUAGAUGGCAUAUUACAAACGUUUUUGAAAAUGAAAAUGCGAU